AUGCCCAAAGGCCCUAUCUCCUCCCCACCUCUCCAACCGAAAAAAGUCCAUGGAGUAGUCGACGAUGAUGCUCCAAUUGACGAUUACGAGAAUGCCGUGCACGAACGCGAGCAUGAGGACAAGCACAUACUAGCCGAUGAGCCGAAUGUCGCUGCUGCAAGAAGAGCGAAUAAACCGCCCGUUGCGAAUACCGAGACGGAGAGGCAUCGCGGUGGUACUGGAAUAAUAACUCCGUAG